UUCAGCUGUGGUGGUCGAGGCCACAUAAGGAGCCAGUGUCCGACGUUUCACGCACUGGUCCAGACCGCUGGUGGCGCCCAGAAACCAGUACAUGAGACUGCUGGUGGCGCCCAUAUGGCGCAGGCUGCCCCAACAUGCCCAGUUGGGUUGCGGUGUCCUGGACAGCUGCCAUGUCCUGCGGGAACUCUAUGCUCUAAGAGCCUUCCUGUACAGCGGCCGUGUCCUGCCGGCGUUCUAUGCCCUACGAGCUGUCCUGCUGAGGAGCGCUGUCCUAGGCUUCAGCGCGUCUUGGGGCUUCGUGGUCCCCCUACACAGUAG